CACCAGGACGUCCCCGCGAGCCCAAUGGCUGGCUCUUGCGUCAAUCAGCCGCGUCGCCCCUUCCAUACUGUGCGCUCCAGUGGGAUCUGCUCCAACCUUCUAGAACCUUUGUGAUAUCUCCUUCCAUUCCAGCUGCGUGAGAGCCGACGGGGCGAGUAACGGGGCUGCUCCCCAUCUGGGCCAAGAUGAAUGUGGGUGUUGCACACAGCGAGGUGAACCCAAAUACUAGGGUUAUGAAUAGUCGUGGAAUGUGGUUAACGUAUGCCCUGGGAGUCGGAAUGCUACACAUAGUGCUGCUAAGCAUUCCUUUCUUCAGUGUCCCUAUUGCAUGGACUUUGACCAAUGUCAUUCAUAAUCUGGGAAUGUAUGUGUUUUUACAUGCAGUGAAGGGUACGCCUUUUGAAACACCAGACCAGGGUAAAGCCAGACUUCUUACACAUUGGGAGCAGCUGGACUAUGGAGUGCAGUUCACCUCAUCAAGAAAAUUCUUUACAAUCUCUCCAAUUAUUCUGUAUUUCCUGACCAGUUUCUACACAAAGUAUGAUCCAACACAUUUCUUUAUCAACACGGCUUCACUUCUCAGUGUCCUUAUCCCCAAGUUACCUCAGUUACAUGGAGUACGAAUUUUUGGCAUCAACAAAUACUGAACAGGAAUCCUGCAGACCCUGAAUACGUUACUUCAAGCGCACAUACUAUUGGCUCUGGCUCUUUCUGUUCGGAUGAAAUGGAUAGCCAACUAAGCCAUUUUAAUGAUUUCUACAGAAAAGAUCUCAUUGCUCCUGUUGGAAGCGGUUGGAAACCACAUAGACUUGGAGGAAGAAGGAGCUUCUCCCAGAAGAGAGCACUAGAUCUGAUUCAGAGGUUUUCCUCUCUGCGCUGGGCGGGCCCAGCUAUGACCCGAGGUUUGCAAAUCAUACACAAGACUUGUGAAAUAAAGGAGUAGUACUACUCUGUGAAAAGAACAUUAUCACAUCAAAA